GGCUUCCCAAAAAGAAGAGACAAGGUAUUUUCAGGCGAGAAGCAAGGAAAGAGAGAAAGAAAGGCAUAAAGGAAAACCCUUGGCUGGUUCCCUUCAACUCAAAAUCGAAGAAGAAGCGAUAGAAAUAAAAUCAAUGGCAGGGAAAACCGACGUGAAUGCUAAAUGGGACGCGUGUCUCGAUCUGUCUGUCCGUCGCUUCGUUUACUCUUCCUUGGCCGGUGCCUUUGGCGGUCUUCUCCUCUUCAGGUCCCCUGUGUCUCGUUGGGCAUCUGUGGCUUUCGGUGCUGGAGUAGGCAUUGGGUCUGCAUACACGGACUGUUCUCGUAUUUUUCAGGGAUCACCUGCACAGAUGGAAUGUCCCAAGAAAACAUCAAGUGCUCACAAGGAGUUAACACCUCUGAAUACUCCCAGUGUUCCUGCUUCUCAGGAUGGCCAGGACUGAGAAAUGUUAUAUGAAGCGAUCCUCAAGUUGCCUGGUUACAGAUCAGAAUUUUCUUAAAAUGAGAUUGCUGUUGUCCUUUUUCCCGGGUGGCUUUUUAAAUUGUAGAAUGAACAUUUCCCUUGAUGGCUACACUGUUAAUGUACUCCAAAUUUCCAAUAGAUUGUUACCUUCUGUCCUGUAAUUCUAUCAGGGUAAAGUUUUAAUACCAAGAAAACGAAAGAAAUAAUAGACUCAAGUGAAACCAUAAGGUGGAGAUCUUAUAUGCAAAGUUAUUUU